UAAUAAUGGCGUGGCCGUGGCGGGGGGCUUCCGCUCUCUGCCCGAGUCCAGCUUCGGAAAACCACCUGUAAACGUCGACUUGGAGCUUAUCAGAGAUUUGAAAAAGUAAUUGACCGUUUACAAUGAUACUCGACGGAGUAAAUCUCCGCUGAGAACUGCUCUACAAACUGUGUCAAACUACUGGACUAUCACUGGAAGCGCUUUGCCAUGUCGUUACUGUGUGUCAAAGUGAAAAAAGCCAAGCUCCAGGGACCUCCAGACAAAUUCAACACCUACGUGACGCUGAAGGUGCAGAAUGUCAAAAGCACAACGAUCACGGUGCGGGGGGACCAGCCCUGCUGGGAACAGGAUUUCAUGUUUGAGAUCAACCAGCUGGACCUCGGCCUCAUUGUCGAAGUGUGGAACAAAGGCCUCAUCUGGGACACCAUGGUGGGGACGUCCUGGAUUCCCCUGAAGGGUAUCCAACAAUCCGAGGAGGAGGGCUCGGGGGACUGGCUCUUCCUGGACGCAGAGGUCCUGAUGAAGGCGGAUGAGAUAUAUGGCACCAAGAACCCAACGCCUCAUCGAGUCCUGCUGGACACUCGCUUCGAGCUGCCUUUUGACAUCCCAGAUGAUGAGGCUCAGUACUGGACAGGAAAGCUGGAUCGCAUCAAUACCAUGGGGAUCCAUGAUGAGUACCCUCUUCACGAUGAUGUUCAGAAUCGCCCUCUGCCAUUUGCCGCCUCCCAGUGCUCUCUGGAUGACCAGGACAGUGCGGUAGACGACCGGGACAGUGACUAUCGCAGUGAGACCAGUAACAGUCUGCCUCCGCGUUACCACACAACGGCUCAGCCCAACUCCUCCAUGCACCAGUAUCCCAUGGGGCCUCGGCAGCAGCGGCACCUGGACUCCUGCACAGACUCUGUCCACAGUUUGGACUUGGACUACAGGGACCAGAGAGGAACCAGUCCAGUGGAAAGUAGUCGAUUUGGGUCAUCUGGAAAUCUGAGCCAGACCAGCUCCCAGCUUAGUGAGACUGGCCAGAGCACUGGAGGCUCAGAACUGGAGGAGUCCUUCCACUCCUACCACAGUACUAGCCUUCACCCUCCCACCAAUGGGCAACCGCGCCCCAAUGGACAACCUCCUUCGAAUGGACACUGUACUGUCGUUGAGCAGGAGAUACGUAGGCUGACUUCUGAAGAAGGACAUGGCCUGAAAAACGACACUCCAAAUGAAAGAGGGUCCUCUAAACUCCUACGGUUCCAUGAUGAUGGACCGCCAUUACCCUUUACCCCAUCCAGAAUCCGUUGGCUGAAGGCCAUCAAUAAAGUCAGGGUUCAGCUCCGGGAGGUCCGAGAUGAAGAACCCAAUGCAAGACAAGCCUGGGAAAAACCAGGGGGCGGAUCUGGUCUGUAUGGAAUUGACAGCAUGCCAGACUUGCGUAAAAAGAAACCUCUCGCCUUGGUCAGCGACGUGUCUCUCGUUCAAGCCAGGAAGGCGGGGAUUGCGUCUGCCAUGGCUGCACGGUCCUCAGUCAAGGACGGGGAGCUGAAAAACCAUGUGUACAAGAAGACCUUGCAGGCUCUGAUCUACCCCAUAUCCUGCACUACGCCACAUAACUUUGAGGUGUGGACCGCCACUACCCCUACAUACUGCUAUGAGUGUGAGGGUCUGCUGUGGGGAAUUGCCCGCCAAGGCAUGCGUUGCUCAGAAUGUGGGGUCAAGUGCCAUGAAAAGUGCCAAGAGCUUCUGAACGCUGACUGUCUACAGCGUGCUGCGGAGAAGAGUUCUAAGCACGGGGCUGAAGACCGUACUCAGAAUAUUAUCAUGGCCAUGAAGGACAGGAUGAAGAUCCGGGAAAGGAACAAGCCAGAGAUCUUUGAGCUGAUCAGGGAAGUGUUCAUCAUUAGCAAAGCCAUCCAUGCACAACAGAUGAAGACCAUCAAGCAGAGCGUACUGGAUGGCACCUCGAAGUGGUCGGCCAAGAUAACCAUCACAGUCUUCUGUGCCCAAGGGCUUCAGGCAAAGGAUAAGACAGGAUCCAGUGAUCCAUAUGUUAUUCAGGUGGGAAAGACCAAGAAGAGAACCAAGACCAUCUAUGGAAACCUCAAUCCUGUAUGGGAAGAGAAGUACCACUUCGAAUGCCACAAUUCCUCAGACCGAAUUAAAGUGCGUGUCUGGGACGAGGAUGAUGACAUCAAGUCGAGGGUGAAGCAGCGUCUAAAGAGGGAAUCUGAUGACUUCCUGGGCCAGAGUAUAAUUGAAGUUCGAACUCUGAGCGGCGAAAUGGACGUUUGGUACAACCUGGAGAAGAGAACGGACAAAUCCGCCGUGUCAGGUGCCAUUCGCCUUCAGAUCAACGUGGAGAUCAAGGGAGAGGAGAAAGUGGCUCCAUAUCAUGUGCAGUACACCUGUCUCCAUGAGAACCUGUUCCACCACUACACCGAUGUUCUCGGCCAAGGCGGAGUGAAAAUCCCAGAAGCUCGCGGAGACGACUCCUGGAAGGUCUACUAUGAUGACGUGGCCCAGGAAAUCGUGGACGAGUUUGCCAUGCGCUAUGGGAUUGAGUCAAUCUACCAGGCCAUGACGCACUUUGCCUGUCUGUCGUCUAAGUACAUGUGUCCCGGGGUUCCCGCGGUGAUGAGCACCCUGCUGGCCAACAUCAACGCCUUCUACGCCCACACAACCGCCUCCACCAAUGUGUCCGCCUCCGACCGCUUUGCUGCUUCCAAUUUUGGGAAAGAACGCUUUGUGAAGCUUUUAGACCAGCUACACAACUCCCUGCGCAUCGACCUCUCAACCUACAGGAAUCACUUUCCUGCCAGCAACAAGGAUCGCCUGCAGGAUUUGAAAUCCACUGUGGACCUUCUAACCAGCAUCACCUUCUUCAGGAUGAAGGUCCAGGAGUUACAGUCUCCACCCAGAGCCAGUCAGGUUGUGAAGGACUGUGUCAAGGCCUGCCUCAACUCCACCUACGACUACAUCUUCAACAACUGCCAUGAGCUGUACAGCCGACAGUACCAACCCGUAGACACAAACAAAGAUGAGCUCUCUUUGGAGGAGCAGGGUCCGAGCAUCAAGAACUUGGACUUCUGGCCCAAACUCAUCAUGCUCAUCGUCUCCAUCAUUGAAGAGGACAGGAACUCCUACACGCCUGUGCUCAACCAAUUCCCUCAGGAACUGAAUGUAGGGAAGGUGUCAGCCGAGGUCAUGUGGACAUUGUUCGCUCAAGACAUGAAGUACGCUAUGGAAGAGCACGAGAAGCACAGACUGUGUAAGAGCACCGACUACAUGAACCUGCACUUCAAGGUCAAGUGGCUCAACAACGAAUACGUCAAAGAACUGCCGAGCUUUAAGGGCGUCGUCCCCGACUACCCAUCAUGGUUCCUUCAAUUCGUGCUCCAGUGGUUGGAGGAAAAUGAGGACGUGUCCAUGGAGUUCAUGCAUGGAGCCCUCGAGAGAGACAAAAAAGACGGAUUCCAGCAGACGUCGGAGCAUGCUCUCUUCUCCUGCUCCGUGGUGGACAUCUUCACGCAGCUCAACCAGAGCUUUGAGAUCAUCAAGAAACUGGAAUGUCCCGACCCCGCCGUCAUGGCUCAGUACAGCCGCCGCUUCUCCAAGACUAUUGCCAAAGUCCUUCUGCAGUACAGUGCCAUUCUGACCAAGAGUUUUCCUACUUAUGUUGAUAAGGAGAAGAUUCCAUGUGUCCUGCUGAAUAACGUGCAGCAGUUACGAAUCCAGCUGGAGAAGAUGUUUGAGUCGAUGGGUGCAAAACAGAUGGACUCCGAGGCCAGUGACCUGCUGAACGACCUGCAGGUGAAGCUGAACAACGUGCUGGAUGAGCUCAGCAGAACAUUCGGAAACGGUUUCCAGAGCCGCAUCAACGAUUGCAUGCGACAGAUGGCGACUCUGCUUUACCAGAUCAAAGGGCCACUCAACGCCAACAACAAAAACCAGGUGGACGCCGACUCGGACAACAUGCUACGGCCACUCAUGGACUUCCUGGAUGGAAAGCUCACACUGUUUGCCACGGCUUGUGAGAAGACCGUAUUGAAGCGUGUGCUGAAGGAGCUGUGGAGGAUCGUAAUGAGCAGCCUGGAGAAGACUAUAGUCCUGCCACAGGGCAACGACACCUUUGGAGCACAGAUUCUCUCAGCUGCCAAAGAACUAGGUCAACUUUCCAAACUCAAGGAUCACAUGGCGGGGGAGGCUAAAAGCCUGUCUCCCAGGCAGUGUGCUGUCAUGGAUGUGGCACUGGACACUAUCAAGCAAUACUUCCACGCAGGAGGCAACGGGCUGAAGAAGGCAUUCCUGGAGAAAAGUCCCGAGCUAUCGUCGCUACGCCAUGCUCUGUCCCUCUACACUCAGACAACAGACACACUCAUCAAGACCUUUGUGACCACCCAGCAAGCACAAGUGCACAAUGGGAAGGGUAUUAGGUUAACGCCCAAUGAAAAAACACAGCCCGGCAGGGUUUCAGGUGUGGACAAGCCUAUAGGUGAGGUGUACGUGCAGACUGAGCUGCACACGCAUCCUGGGAACAAGGAUCGGAAGGUUUCAGUCAAAGUCAUAGGAGCCAAUGAUAUUAAAUGGCAGACGUCAGGCAUGUUCCGACCCUUCGUGGAGGUCACCAUCAUCGGGCCUAACCUCAGCGACAAGAAACGCAAAUUCCAGACCAAAUCCAAGAACAACAGCUGGUCUCCGAAGUUCAACGAGACUUUCCAUUUUGUUCUGGGUAACCAGGAGGGCUUCGAGUGUUAUGAGCUGCAACUGUGCGUCAAAGACUACUGCUUCGGUCGCGCCGACAGAGUGGUCGGCUUGGCCGUGAUCCAGCUAAAAGAUAUCACGGGGAAGGGCAACUGCGUGUGCUGGUGCCCUCUGGGCCAACGCAUCCAGAUGGACGACACGGGCCUCACCGCCAUGCGCAUCCUCUCCCAGCGCUCCAACGACGACGUGGCCAAAGAGUUUGUGAGGCUGAAAUCAGAAACGCGAUCGGCUGAGGAGGGCAGAUGAGAGGAGCUGGAGAAACAAGGACGGCAUUCGAAGGUCUCCUGAUUUCACAAAGGUCUCAAAAUAAGAUGGGAUGAUUUUUCAUAGACAGCUACUUUUACUUGAUGUGUCUUAGCUGCUGCUGACUGUUUGACGGCGCCUUAUCAAAGUCACGGACACACUGUCACGUUCACACUCUGGGUGUUUUGGACUCCUUGUUCUUCAAUCACUCACGUUAUUAUUUACCGAACUACUGUACGGCACACAAGUCACUCAAUCUUCACACCAACCAGCUGUUCCACUAUAGACCACUUACUCUGUCAUUUAACCUACUUUAACCUCUCUCCUCAUCAGCCGGAUUGGCAAAGUUUGCGCGGCCACAUCCUCAAGAGAACAUCGGGUGCCAGGCCUGGCUUGAGGGCCAGCAUGUUCCCUCAGUUCCCCCCAGUGUUGUUGUGCAAUAACCGCCCUCCCACCACCACCACCUUAACCCCUUCAAACCGCGGCCAUGUGUUCGAUGCCUUACACUCUGCCAACUGUGAAUGUGUGAAGUAAAAAGAAAAAAGUCUGUUUGUGUAGGUCCACUUUGAUUGUUCGAGUAAAUGUGAAAUUACUUUAUCUUAUAGACGAGGAUUUUUUGGGGAUGAAUGAAUGACUCGUAGCUAGGAAACAGUUGUAUAUCUUAAUAGGUCAAUUAUUGAAUAGAGCGGAAGUGAUGAAAUAUGUACUGGUUUCACAUCUUGGACAGCUAAUGUCAAGAGAAGGUACUUAAAGUAAUAUUGUAUUCCCUUAAUUUAAAGGAUUUAUCUGACAAAAGUGUGCCUUGUCAUGUUGAACGCUCAUUCCUGUGUCCCCCAGGAAAAUAAUGGUGAUAUAAUAAUCAACAAAAAUAGGAUUUAAUUCAUUAAAUAUACAAAAAAGUGAACCCUUCUAUGGCCAUCUUUGUUCCCCACAAAAGCCUCCAUUAACAACUCUAGAGUAACCAUGAGGGUGCAGCCAUUUAAUUUAUUUUUUAUACAUAUUUAUUUUUUGUCUGUGCUUUUCCAAAGCCCUCGACUUGAAAUUAUUGUUUACCUGUUUGUUUUUUGAGAAUUUGCACAGAGUGGUACGUCCGAACGAGUUGCGUAGAUCUGCAGUUCAACAACAUGAGUUACACGCCCUCAGAAUAAAGUGUUUGUUACAAAAUGAAUAACAAAAAGCUGGCAAAUCGCGUCCUUGACUGACAAUAGCGUUGAAUAAGUGUUUUGUUAAUUUAUAAUUAAGGAAAACAAAAUGUCGAACUGUCAGGUAACGUCUUCUUCCACGAUAUCUGAACUUUUGAACACGAGCGUAGAUUUAUUUGUGGUUUACAACUAUCUUCCUGCUCUGUCUGGGUGGCCUUACUUUGGUGUUAUAAAUUAUUGUCUCUUUUUAAUCUCUUAUUUUUUAAUCCUUGUAUUUCAUUUGGCCAAGUUUUCACCCAUUAAGAUGUCUAUUACAUUUUCCAAGUGAUGUUCUUUAUCUUUUUCUACUUUUCAUCUUUGAUAUUUCUUACUGUAUCUCGUUGUUUUAUUUUGUGUUAAGUUUCCUUUUUUUUUAAAUCCUCUUCGGAAAGAUGUCAAUCCCAUUCUGUUCUAUGGAGUAAUAUGAUGUGAGAUCCAGUGAAUGUGUAAAACAGAUGAAAGGAUAUUAAAAUGUUACUUUUAAUGAAACUAUAAUAUGAGAACCUCAAUGUGUGCAUAUUUUUAAACCGACUUGUCUUUGUUACAGUACGUUAUCCUUUGUGAAUACGAAAUGUUUCAUAGCCUCUUUAACAUACAUGUUCCUCGUGCCAAGUUACAAGUGUUCACUUUUGAUCUUUCUGUCUUUUUUUAUUUUAAAAUGUGUUAACUAAAUCACUGCAAUAGUUAACAAGUGUAUCGGUCGCAGUAACUGCAAUUUUGUGGUGUUUUUCUUUGUAUUGUCACCUUGUAAACGUUCCAAUAAUGAAUUUUGUAUAAAGUAUUUGAGAAGUAUCUA